AUGGCUGCCGCGGCAGAAAUCGACGCAGAGAUUCAGCAACAGCUUACCAACGAGGUUAAGCUCUUCAACCGUUGGAGCUUUGAUGACAUUCAGGUCACAGACAUUAGUCUUGUUGACUACAUUGGUGUUCAGCCGGCGAAACACGCUACUUAUGUUCCCCACACUGCUGGAAGAUACUCUGUGAAGAGGUUCAGGAAGGCUCAAUGCCCAAUUGUUGAGAGGCUCACAAACUCUCUCAUGAUGCACGGGAGAAACAACGGUAAGAAGUUGAUGGCUGUGAGGAUCGUCAAGCACGCUAUGGAGAUCAUCCACCUCUUGUCUGACGCGAACCCAAUUCAAAUUAUCGUUGAUGCAAUUGUCAACAGUGGUCCACGUGAAGAUGCUACCAGGAUUGGAUCAGCCGGUGUGGUUAGGAGGCAGGCUGUUGAUAUCUCUCCUCUAAGACGUGUGAACCAAGCGAUCUGGUUGCUCACAACUGGUGCACGUGAAGCUGCGUUUAGAAACGUCAAGACAAUUGCCGAGUGCCUUGCUGAUGAACUCAUCAAUGCUGCAAAGGGAUCUUCCAACAGCUAUGCCAUCAAGAAGAAAGAUGAGAUUGAGAGAGUUGCUAAGGCUAAUCGUUAA